CAGUGCAUGAAAAAAAAAAGUUUGUGCUUGCUACUGCUUUGCCUGAACCAAUAAAGCAAUUCUGAAAUACAGAACAUGAACAUUCUGCAACCUGGAACAAGACGGUCCAGAGUUAAUUCUGUCUUAAAAUUGACCUAGGGUUAACAUCUUGAAGUGUGAAAAGCCCAUUGGUAGCCUAACCUUGGCAGGAGCUGAAGUGUCCCGGUGUGCCGUCCCACAAGGGGCGUUAUGUACGGCGCCCGUGAAACCCGACACCCGGCGCUCGCCACAGCUGCUCUCCAAACUGCUAUUUAAAAAAGGAAAAAGGAUGAAACUUCCACUCCUGACUCCUCAAACCCCCCAAGCACCAAACAUCCAGUAGCUGCUGUAACCGUUGCCAACCCGGCAUAAAUGCCUACAGCACCCGGGCAGGACCGGACAGAAUCGCCCGCGGAUUAUUCCCGUCGCUCCACGGGAGGGAUUUAUGGUGGUGUCGCGCAGCAGACCGGUGGGAGAUCGCGCUCAUUCCGCACCACGGUUUAUCCGAUGCAUGAGACGACAGCUCGCGCUCUCGGGCAGCGACGCGGUCACGCAGAUUAACGGAUCAGGAUUUUGACUGCCGGGACAAAUGAAUACAAAUGAAUUUAGCGACCCGAAGGAGAGUCCGCAGAACCUCUCGUCUGGUGGCAAAGAGAGCUCUUCUUCUGUGUAUUCUACUUUACUGUACUUCUUUUGGAUUCAGCCAAGUACUCUCUGAAGAUGUGGACGUGUUGCAGCGGUUGGCUCUGCGUGCUGAGCUCGGUUCUCGCACCGUUCCCGCUGGCGUCAUCUCCCUCCACUCUGGAGUCAUCCUCACGACACGGGCACGAGUUACCACGGCGACACGCUCCGUGUUCCCUCCAGAACUCUUCUGGAACUGCACUAUCGUCCUGAGCAUACGGUCUCACCGAUUAAACUCAGCAUUUCUCUUCUCCGUCCUAUCCGGGAAACGGAUUCAGCUCGGGCUGGAAAUUUCGCCUGGCAAGCUCACGCUUCACACCGGCCCCGGGAAUGCCGUGGUCUUCCCAUACAACCUCCACGACGGGCGCUGGCAUCAUCUAGCCUUCGUUUUAAACGGCCAAUCAGUGACCCUACACUCUCCCUGCUCAGAGAGCGAUGGAGGAGUUACGCAGAAACUCCCCGUACUUCCUGAACGCCUGAACCCUCGCGGGACCUUCCGCUUGGGAGGCACCAGCGCUUUGCUUCCAGGUGCGGUACCUUUCGAAGGUGCAGUUUGCCAGUUUGAUGUGGUGCCCUCGGCACAAGCACAGCAGAACUACUGCAGCGCCAUCCGCAGGCAGUGCAGAGAAAAUGACACCUACAGGCCAGCGCCUCCCGCUCUACUUCCCCUCCCGUCCCGACACGCCCCACCACUAUUGACCCACACGUUACCACCUAAUCGCACUUUCACGUUCACUCCCACUCCUACUAAUUUCCUUUGGACAUCCAUAAAUGGCGCACGAGGGUCUUCUGCAGUGAGAACGAGCGACGGUGUACGAGCUAAACCCAUGUCUACCACACCUCCACCCCUUUCCUUGAUUCAAACAGGACUUGAAGCUCCUUUAUCUUGGGGAUAUUUAAAUUCUGUCUCCCCCAAACCUACUCUCAGGACACCCAGAAUCCCCAAGCCGACUGCCUCAAAGCCAGGAGCGGCCAGGCUUACCCCUACUAAACCAGCUGGAUCCAAACCCACUCCAGGAAAAACGUCUCCAAAGCUGAGUGCAACUAAGCCUUCCGGACCAAAGCCCACAAUUGAUCGAACUACUUCUUCCAAAUCUGGAAGUUCAAAAAAAACUGGUCCCAAACCUACACCACCAAAACCUUCCAAAUCAGCAGCUGUAAAACCCACAGUAAAGAAACCAACCCUUGCGCCAAAGCCCACCAAGGUCAACCCAACGAAGAACACUUCUGUUGGUGCUCAACCUGUCAAUCCUAAAAAGAAACAUAAUGGCAUUCUCAAACCGUUAUCUGACCCAGAACCGACCGCCCCCAAAAGACCGUCGCCAACCAAGAAAAAGCCACUCCAGCCCAAAACCAGCACCCAGCGCUCACCCCAAACUACACUCCCAACCCCAAAAUCCACCACCGCCCCAAACCCUACACCCAAAAAAAUCCUUCCGACACCCAAAUCCACUCCGUUCACCACCACCGCACCAAACAAACCACCAAAAACUCUGGAAACCCCCAAAGUCAUUCUUGACAGGCCAAAAAUACCUAUCACUCCAAGCACUCCAUGGUUCGCUGUCCAAUCUGUUACUCUCCCGGCUUUCAACGAUUUUCAGAGCUUUGAGGUGGAGCCCACAUACUUUUCACUUCUGGUUGGACCGCCAGGACAAAAAGGAGAUCCCGGGAAAAUGGGAAUCCCGGGACCUCCAGGGAAACCAGGGCAGCCAGGGGCAAGAGGACCUCGGGGACCCCCAGGACCACACGGCAAGCCAGGUCGACCCGGUCCACCAGGGUUGAAGGGGAAAAAAGGAGACCCUGGACUUUCACCUGGAAAAGCACCAAAAGGGGAAAAAGGAGAUGCUGGUCUGCCUGGUCCUGUCGGUUUAGUCGGGCCAGAAGGCCGUAAGGGACAAAAAGGCCAUCCAGGACCACCAGGCCUUCCCGGGGAACCAGGAGAACAAGGUCCUGUCGGAGAAGCUGGAGCCAAAGGCUAUCCUGGCAGGCAGGGUUUACCUGGUCCGAUAGGGCCUGUUGGGCCGAAAGGGGCUCGGGGUUUCAUAGGAAUCCCUGGACUCUUUGGUUUACCUGGCGCUGAUGGUGAAAGAGGUAGUCCUGGUCCACCGGGGAAGAGGGGCAAGAUGGGUAGGCCGGGUUUUCCUGGUGAUUUUGGAGAGCGAGGCCCACCAGGACUGGACGGGGAGCCAGGUGUUAUAGGAGCUCCUGGUCCUCCUGGUGUCCUUGGUUUGAUUGGUGAUAUGGGUCCUGUCGGGAUCAUCGGUUUGCCAGGACCAAACGGACUGAAGGGCGUCCCGGGGAACAUGGGCGAGCCCGGACUGAAAGGUGAUAAGGGUGACGUUGGGCUUCCCGGAGAACAAGGGGAAAUUGGGUUCCCAGGAGACAAGGGUGUGCAGGGUUUGCCAGGCUUACCAGGACCUCGUGGAAAACCAGGACCACAGGGCAAGACAGGCGAGAGAGGGCCCAGUGGAUUACCAGGCCCACCAGGAGCCGAGGGUUUCCCUGGUGACAUCGGUAAACCUGGACUCAAUGGACCCGAGGGCCCAAAGGGUAAGCCUGGAGCCAGAGGUUUACCUGGACCUCGUGGAGCAGCUGGACGAGAGGGCGAUGAGGGUCCUGUAGGACCACCGGGGCCAGUGGGACUUGAGGGUCUGAUGGGCAGUCAGGGUUUCCCUGGGGCUGCUGGACCUGAAGGGGUCAAAGGCGAGCAGGGUGUGACAGGAAACGCCGGACCCAUGGGUGAGAGGGGUCUCGUUGGCUUCAUCGGUCCUGCAGGGGAGACUGGACUCGCUGGAGAGAAGGGUGAUCGUGGAGAGAUGGGAUUGCCUGGCCCUCCAGGAGAGAAAGGAUCCACGGGGCACCCAGGAACCCCAGGAGAGAGCGGCCCACCAGGACCACCAGGCAGUCCAGGCCCGUCGGGAUCACGUGGACCCAUCGGCUUGAGAGGACCUAAAGGCAGAAGGGGUCCUAGAGGUCCGGACGGUAUGCCAGGAGAACUCGGCGCCGAAGGCAAAAAGGGUCCUGAUGGUCCUCCUGGAAAAAUCGGUUUCCCAGGACAAGUGGGCAAGAUCGGGGAGCCUGGGGAGGCGGGGCCAAAGGGAUUUCCGGGCAUUCAAGGGCCAUCUGGGGCUACAGGAGACAAAGGCAUCGCAGGGGAGCCAGGACCUCCAGGGCCCCCAGGAACACUCGGGCCUCCCGGAAAUCCAGGGCCAAAGGGCCCUGAGGGAAAAGUUGGCGAUCCCGGACUUCCAGGAGAACCUGGAGAAAAGGGGUCACUGGGGGCUGUGGGGAACGCUGGGGCAGCAGGACUGAUCGGAACGAGGGGAGAACCGGGUUUAGAAGGAGAGGCUGGCCCGGCUGGCCCUGAUGGUGCCAAGGGUGAGAAGGGUGACAUGGGCGGAGAGGGGGAGCAGGGUGUCAGAGGUGACCCGGGAAUCAAGGGAAAAGAAGGGCCGAUGGGCGACCCUGGGCUUACUGGCGUCAGAGGUCCUGAAGGAAAGCCUGGUAAAAAUGGUGAGAGAGGGAAGCCAGGGUUUAAGGGUGCCAAAGGUAAUAUCGGCCACCUGGGAGAGACUGGAACCAUGGGAAAGAUCGGACCAAUCGGUACCACCGGACCAAAGGGCUCUCGAGGAACCAUCGGACAUGUGGGUGCUCCCGGGCGUAUGGGGAUGCAGGGAGAUCCGGGAAUAUCAGGAUACGAGGGUCACAAGGGACCUCAAGGUCCAAUAGGAUCCCCCGGGACCAAAGGGUGA